AGGUGGAAUUCUGAGAGCUGAAAAUUGAAGAGUUCCAUAUCUGGCUAAAGUACUGGAAGAUUAAUGGAGGCACUCUGCCUAGAGGUAAAAUCAGCUAACUUUGAGAUGAAUAAUAAAAAACUAUGCUUCAAAGGGUCUGAUCUAAAAACAAGUAUUUCAGCUUCAGUGGCUCUGAAUGACGGAUACACUAUAAAAGCUUUUCAUAGAAUACCACAGAGUUUGAGAAAGAGGCUUGUCUUGCUACCUACUUUCUAUGGAAUAUCCACAAUUGAGGGACCUGUUUUCUCUAGGCAACACGAAACACAGCAUUUUAACUCAAAAGAUUGCUUACCAUUGAAAUCCAACAAAGUACGUAACUAUUUUCAGUUCCGACUUGAAUCUGAUACUACUGAGCUUUCAAAGAAUUUUUCAGUUACUUCUCACAGGAUAUUAGCACAAGACGAAACUGGGUUUAAUCCUGUUUGGAAAGCUUCAAAAAGCUAUCUUGAGAGUGCUGCUAUUAAUCACCAGCUGUUCUUACCUUCAUCAGAGAAUAUUGCAAAAGAAAGUAUUGUGCAGCUGCCCAAUACAUCUUUUGAUCUUCUUCAGCCCUUCACAACUGUUAAUCAAGAGUUGUGCAAGAGAAAAAGAAACCAGUUGAACAAUUUGGGGAGAAAAGAUAACUGCCAAGACCAGACAAUGAAUACAAAAGAAGAAUACGAGCACAGAAAAGAUAAGGAAAGCUACCUUUGUGCAGUUUGCUUGGAUAUCUACUUUAAUCCGUACAUGUGCUAUCCAUGCCACCAUAUUUUCUGUGAACCUUGCCUACGUAUGCUUGCCAAGGAUAAUCCAACUAGCACUCCAUGUCCUCUCUGCCGUACUGCAAUUACCCACGUUUUUUUCCAAUCAGAACUAAACAAUUCCACAGAAACUUCCUUUCCAAUGGAAUAUUCAAAAUUAAAAGAAAAUUUUCAAAAAUCAAAUUUAGCAAAUUGGCCUCUCCCUAGUUGCAAGAAAGUAUUCAGAGUUAUUGAUGCAGGUUUUCAGAGCACAGACUCCUUUACCCGAAGGCAUUUUCCACAUGCCGCUCACCGAAUGGAUUAUAUGGACUUUGAGGAUGAUAGCCGGGGAUGGCGAUUUGACAUGGACAUGGUGAUAAUCUACAUUUAUGCCAUCAACUGGGUCUUAGGAUUUAUCAUAUUUUGUUUUCUUUGCUACUUUUUCUUUCCUUUUUAAGGAUUUCUAUUCCCUAUUUUGUAUGUGAGCUGUGAGACAAGGAAGUAGACAAAUCUGGAUUAAAGAAUGCAGAUUGUGUACAGUCUUGGGUUUACUGUCUAAAAUUGAUAAAACUGUAGCAACAAUAAUUCAUUCUCAGUUUUUUGAUCUUCUAAUUAUUAUUAUAUUUUGAAGUGAAAAAACAUUUGCAUAUUAAAACAUGUCAGAUUGUUUUUUCUAAUGUCUGUUAAGAUGGCCUUGUACUUUAAUUCUGUAUUUGCAAUCUGUAUACAAAGUUGAGCAGAUUCAUGAAUGAUUAUUCGUCAAACAGUGAAUCUUCACUGAUUAACUUCAACUAAUACCUGGUAUGUAUGAAACUCACAUACAUAGACUGUCACCUCACACUUAAUGGUUUCUGUAGAGAUG